ACACACACAUAUAUUACCGAAGCACCAACUCAAAAGAAGACUCCUUCCGUUGAUCCACUCGUCAACUCUACGUGUCUCUCUCUCCAAAUCACCGAAUCAAAACAGAUUAACAAACGCUUGCAUCAGUUGUAAAAAUCACUUCUUUUGCAAUUUUUCUUUACUGGGUCUUCGUUUUUUGCGAUAUAAUAUCUAUGUUUUUAUACAAAUCGCUGGACAUCUAACUUUAUCCCCCUCCUCUUCUACUGUACAGUGUACACAGAGCAGCUACUUUCUUUCCUUUCCUUUCCUUUCCUUUCCUUUUUCCCUUCUGAUUAUUUGCCAACAUUCUUUAUGCCCUCCUUACUCAGCUAAUCACUUUCUCUAUUCACACUUUAGAGAUGGAGACUAAGAUUCUCUUCUUCUCUUUCCUUCUCCUUCUUGCUUCCUCCUCCUCAGCACAGAUGCCAGGUUUCGUGAGUUUGGACUGUGGGGGCAAAGAAAAUUUCACUGAUGAACUUGGAUUGGUGUGGAUUUCUGAUGAUAAUCUUAUGUAUGGAGAAACAGCAGUCAUAUCAGUUGCAAAUGAGACAAGGAAGCAAUAUACAACACUGAGACAUUUCCCAGCAGAUUCCAGGAAGUAUUGUUACACUCUAGGCGUCAUAAGUAGGACAAGAUAUCUUUUAAGGGCAACAUUCUUGUAUGGUAAUUUUGACAACAACAAUGUCUAUCCCAAAUUUGAUGUCUCUGUUGGGGCAACUCAUUGGUCCACAAUUGUCAUUUCUGAUGCUAAUACCAUAGAGUCUAUAGAGCUGAUAUUUCUGGCUUCAAGUCCCACCAUCAGUGUGUGCUUAUCCAAUGCUACAACUGGACAGCCAUUUAUAUCGACACUUGAGCUCCGGCAAUUCAAUGGUUCAAUCUAUUAUACAGCAUAUGAGAACCAAUUUUAUCUCAGUGUUUCUGCAAGGAUCAAUUUUGGUGCAGAUAGUGAAGAUCCAGUUAGGUAUCCUGAUGACCCAUUUGAUAGAAUAUGGGAAUCUGACUCUGUGAAGAAAGCAAAUUACCUUGUUGAUGUAGCUGCUGGUACUGAGAAAGUUUCAACUGACUCGCCAAUAGAUGUCAGCAAUAAUGGAAUGCCUCCUGAGAAAGUGAUGCAGACUGCAGUAGUUGGUACAAAUGGAUUUUUAACCUAUCGGAUGAACUUAGAUGGUUUUCCUGGUUUUGGGUGGGCUGUCACAUACUUUGCAGAGAUUGAAGAUUUGAAGCCUAAUGAGUCCAGGAAAUUCAGGCUUGUACUACCUGGCCACCCUGAUAUGAGCAAAGCUGUUGUUAAUAUCCAAGAAAAUGCUCAAGGAAAGUAUCGUCUCUAUCAACCAGGAUAUCCCAACAUAUCUCUCCCUUUUGUAUUGUCUUUUAGAUUUGGAAAGACUUCUGAUUCUACAGAGGGACCACUCUUGAAUGCCAUGGAGAUAAAUAAGUAUCUAGAGAAAAAUUGUGGUUCCCCUGAUGGGGAAGUUAUUGCUAGUGUCAUUUUGCCCUAUGCAUCAGCAGAUUGGGCACAAGAAGGUGGUGACCCAUGUCUGCCAGUGCCAUGGACAUGGUUGCAGUGUAAUUCAGAUGGACGACCAAGGAUAGUCAAAAUCUCUCUGUCUAGUAAGAAUUUGACGGGUAAUAUUCCUUCAGACUUGCCAAAGUUGAAUGGCUUAGUUGAACUAUGGCUUGAUAGGAAUUCACUAACUGGUCCAAUACCUGAUUUUACUGGAUGCAGAGACUUGGAGAUCAUCCAUCUUGAGAACAAUCAGUUAACGGGUGAGCUUCCUUCCUCGUUAUUGAACCUACCAAAUUUAAGGGAACUGUAUGUGCAAAAUAAUUUGUUAUCCGGAACAGUACCAUCAGGUCUUCACAAUAAUAACUUAGUUUUGAACUACUCUGGAAACCUUAAUCUUCAUGAAGGAGGCCGAAGAGGAAAGCAAAUUGUUAUUAUUAUUGGUUCAUCAGUUGGAGCUGCCAUUCUGUUCAUAGCUACAAUAGCAUCCUGUUUAGUUAUACACAGAGGAAAGAAAAGUUCUGAUCAAGAACAACUCAGGGUUUCCCCACGUGCUCAAGGGCUAGUUUCUACCUUGAAUGAUACUCCAGCAGAAGGUGCAUAUUGCUUUACAUUUUCUGAGAUUGAAGAUGCUACAAAAACGUUUGAGAAGAAAAUAGGUUCUGGAGGUUUUGGAGUUGUAUACUAUGGGAAAAUGAAAGAUGGAAAAGAAAUUGCAGUCAAAGUUCUUACUAGUAAUUCCUACCAAGGGAAGCGAGAAUUUUCAAAUGAGGUGACUCUUCUUUCAAGGAUACAUCAUAGAAACUUGGUACAGUUUCAUGGGUUUUGCCAAGAAGAAGGGAGAAGUAUGCUUGUUUAUGAGUUCAUGCACAAUGGAACGCUCAAGGAACAUCUCUAUGGUCCAUUAACACGUGGAAGAAGUAUUAAUUGGAUCAAGCGCCUUGAGAUUGCUGAAGACGCUGCCAAAGGAAUUGAAUAUCUCCACACAGGCUGUGUUCCUGCCAUUAUACAUAGAGAUUUAAAGACCAGUAAUAUUCUUCUUGACAAACACAUGAGAGCAAAGGUUUCUGAUUUUGGUCUUUCAAAACUAGCAGUAGAUGGAGCUUCACAUGUCUCAAGCAUAGUUAGGGGCACAGUAGGGUAUUUGGAUCCAGAGUAUUAUAUUUCUCAGCAGUUAACGGACAAGAGUGAUGUUUAUAGUUUUGGUGUCAUUCUCCUGGAGCUGAUGUCUGGUCAAGAAGCCAUAUCAAAUGAAAGCUUUGGUGUUAAUUGCCGAAAUAUUGUUCAAUGGGCAAAGUUUCACAUUGAAAGCGGGGAUAUCCAAGGAAUUAUUGAUCCCUCACUACAUGAUGAGUAUGAUAUACAGUCUAUGUGGAAGAUAGCAGAGAAGGCUUUGAUGUGUGUCCAGCCUCAUGGACACAUGAGGCCAUCAAUUUCAGAAGUUCUCAAGGAGAUCCAAGAUGCUAUCCUAAUUGAAAGGGAAGCUGUGGCAGUGAGAGAAGGUAACUCAGAUGACAUGUCAAGGAAUUCUGUUCGGUCUUCACUCAACUUGGGUUCCUUGGAAUUUGGUGGCACUGAAAAUUACUUAUCCCUUGAUGCGACAGUUGCACAGCCAACAGCUAGAUAGUUUCUUGUUCAUGCACAGGUACUGAUUCAGCUUCAGGUGGAAAAAAAGUAAAUUUUUGGGUCCAUGUAGUCAUAUUCUUUGUUCUAGGAUUACAAUGGUGGAUUUGCUAUAUCAUGCUGGGAAAAUUAAGAGAACAUGUUAAUUUUUUGAGCUUGCAAAUUAUGUGUUCCUUUUUUGAUUGUAAAUUUUUUGCUCCUAGUAAAGUUAUGUUAUUUCAGCAGGGAAUUGAUGAAAAAAUGAAUCCAUUUUGGGUGAUCAAACACCCAUCAAUGUUAAGAAAGACAAUGAAAUCUCAGUCACAGGAUUUGAUUUUU